CUAUAAAAAAAAAAAAAAAUCAUGAAACACUCUACUUACCGGUUGUUGAAUUGAAGGAGUGGUGCGACAGCUACAUUCAGUCUUCCAAAUUCUUCUUUCUCAUCUCCCAUUUUUAAUUCAAACUCCCAUCAUUCAUCAAUCUCACCCUCAACCCAAUGGCAUUUUCAAAGCUCUCCCUUUUCUUCUCAUUGCUCCUCCUUUCCUUUCUCUCCCUCAACUCCCUUGUCUCCUGCGACACUGAUGAGGAGGAUAAUCUUCUUAAAGGCAUAAACGAUUACCGGGCUUCAUUGAACUUGACAAUUCUGAAGAAAAAUGACAAUGCCGAGUGCCUAGCUGAUGAACUAGCGGAUCAAUUUAAGAACCAACCUUGCACAAACUCCACCGGUGCCAACACCGUUCCGGGCACUGAACCGCAGUUUGCCAACUACCCAAACCUUCUGGCCAAAUGCCAUUUGAAUGUCUCCAACACAAGGGAUGGAGCAGUAAUGCCUGCUUGUGUUCCUAACCUAGUUCCAAAUCUUGUACUCACUAACUUUACACAGUCUCAGUAUAAUGAUAACCUCAAUGAUACCAAGUAUACAGGAGUUGGGAUCGGUUCCGAUGGAGACUGGAUAGUAGUUGUUCUCACAACAGGCACACCUGAAGGAAGCUAUUCGCCAGCUACUGGUGCAGCUAUUGUGGCUUCCAAGAUUGGUAUAAUUUAUCACGUUUUAUUCCUCGUGAUGGCGGCUUUUUACUUGUUAUAAGCACCAAGCUUCUGGUUACAACAUUGUUAUUCAUUUGCAGAGGAUAAGAAAUUGACCAUACUCUAUUACUUGAUCAUAUAGAGAAACUAUAUAUAUCACCACAAUAUACGCACUUUCAUUAGAUAAAGGCAGUCCUUUGUAGUUGGAUGGUUGGAUUGGAUUGGAUUACACACCAUCAUAUUAUAUUCUUGUACUACUCAGUUUUUCCUUUGCAUCAUGUUGUUGUUGUAUGUUGUCUUGUUACUCAAGUUCUGGGAAUACUUUUUCCCUUUUCCA